AUGCCAGGUUAUGAACGCGAACGGGACCGAUUGAAAGAACAUCUUGGAAUUGAAUGGAUUCCUAAUGGAUUGGAUAAAUCAAAUUUUGCGGCUACCAAACCGAUCCGACAUGAUUACGACUUGAACUGUGAUUUCUCCGAUCCAUCCAAAUGCCAUUGGAAAAAUAUGGAUGAAGGCAGCGGCCUCGAUUCGCUUGAUUUUCACUUAUUCGAGAAAACAGAUUUCACUGAAUUUCCAGCUCUCCGAGUUGGUCCAGGACCAACGAAAGUCCCUGAAGGAGAAAAAAUGAUUUUUACUGGAGAUAAAAGAAGAGACGAACAGCAUGCUAUUUUCUACUCUUCGCCUAUCGGAUGUCAGAACACUACUGGGAACUUGACAUUCACAUACUGGGUGUAUAAUAGCGCUCGCGUAGAAGUAAUAUUGUUGGAAGACUCAGCCGAUGGAUACAAAGUCGUAUACGAAAAGCCAUAUGUUGAUUGUGGAACAUUACAAAUUAACACGGAAUGUCACGCAAUCAUUCCUCCACGCUUGACUCCCUUCAGAAUUGGUAUUCGAGCUUAUGAUAUGGCUACUCCAGAAGGAUCUUUUGUGAUGAUUGACAAUAUCCUGUACAGCACUUCUUUGUGUAAUGUUGCAAUUGAUCUCGGUGAUGAGUUCCAAUCGUUUUCAUUGGAAACUUCAGCGGAAGGUAAACCUAUAAGUGCAGCAUCUCAAUUAGGGUGUGACAAUUUUGAUCAGCGUUGUCGUUGGAGAUCUUCAGCGAGAGGACCAAAAAGUUGGAAAAGAUCAACAUCAACACUCCCAAGAGAGUUUUUGUACAAUACAACAGGUAAUGACAUUGGUCCAGAUGGUAGAUAUGCUAUUCUCUACAUAGAACAAGACACAAAGGAAAAACUUGAUUAUUUACGAUCCGAUCCAAUCAGCUGUCAAAGCCAAACAGAAAAUGCACUUUCGUUCAGGUUUUGGAAAACAAAAGAAAUAGAGCUAGAAGUGUGUGCUAUCGAUGUGAACACUGGAAAAGAUAUGGAAUGCAAGGAUGUGCCUUCAGCCAUGAGUCCUGCACCGGUAAAAAUCUCUUUCCAGAGCGCAGCAAAAAAUUUUAUGUUGGUCAUCCGCAUCAAAACAUUCAAUAGCGACUUCGACGGAGCUGUCAUUAUAGACGAUAUAGAAUACACAGCUACCCUAUGUACUGAUGCGCUCAGUGUUUUUGACCUAGGUGAACAUUUCCUUUCAACUCCUAUGCUGAGUUUAUUACUAAACCGUCACAUUCAUUCUGCUAAGGAACUUGCUUGUGAUUUUUCCCGUAGAGCCGCUGAUUGUGUGUGGGGACCAGCUGAUUCCACCGACGCUCCUGAUGUUGAUAGCGAAAUCGCAGGAAAUGUCUGGAGUGUAGGACACGGUCCCUUGAACCAUGAAAAGUUUUUUUCACUGACUGGAAGUAGUGAAUUACCAGAGGGUGAAUUUGCUGUUGCACGUUUGGAAACAGGAGGUUCCGCAUUACUUCUCUCAGAAGUAAUCAGAUGUGUGCUGGAUACAGCAAGUAUUCAGUUUAAUAUGUGGAUAACAGGCUCGGCUUCCCUCCAGGUUUGCCUCGUAGAUGAAGCAUCACCAUCGCUUCUCGAUUGUCAACCCGCAAAGCCUGGUCCAGUUGUUGUAGAUUUACCUGCAAUCAAACGACCAUUCCGAAUUGCAUUGAGAGCUGAAGCACCUGAUCAGGGAAUCGUCAUUGUGGAUAAUAUAGACGUUCAAGGGGAAGUGUGUCCAUCGGUUGUUCGGCAGUUCUCAGCUAAGUCAUAUAGACCACAAGCAGCUGAUGUUCCUGAUCCUAACGUUUGCCGUCUCUUGUCAUGUGAUUUCUCGAGAGGUUAUCCUUGUUUGUAUGAGAGUAGUAAUAUUGCCAAUGGAGCUCUUCAUCAUGUUGUGAAACAUCGUCUAGUCGCCUCAUUGAAUAAAGCACACAAUGUAGCUAUUUUGGAAUCAGUCUCCUUCCAUUUGAAUACGGUUUCACGACUACAUUUCGAAUAUCUUAUCGAGGGCGAUGUGACUUUAUUCGUCUGCAAUGAUAGUGCUAAAAAAGAAUUAGAAAAUUGUUACAAAGUCGAAGAUAAAAAUGGAAAAGACUAUAUAGAGCUGCUCCCUAGCGAUACCAAGAUAUAUCUAAUCGCCCGUUUAACCGAGAAAGGAAGUAAAGGUACAUUCACUAUUGAUAAACUUCACCUUACUGACACCUCGGACAAUAAUGCUUGUUGA